CCACUGCCGGUACGGGCGAAGGCGCGUUUCGCUGCGAGUUGCGACGCCUGCACGGUCUGCGUGUUGUGCUCCCAACUUCCAGGCUAGCCGGCGGCGAGCGCUCACCACGCUGCCCGCACCGGUGCACCGCGUGUCCUCGCAGAACUUCGUGAGCGAGCGCACACUCCAAAGGGCGCCAGUGGUUUUUUUUGACCGGUUCGAAGGCGGACAAAAAAUAACCUGGACGACUCGUUCAAUGCGCGUGGGAAAGUGACACAGUACUUGUCGGUGAAACCAGGAGUGCCACGCUGUGUAGUGACUGUACCGAAUACCGGGAUCGCGACUUGGUGGCACGGCAGUGGCCCUUCGAGCUUCACCGCGUUGACACUUUGGCCGGCGCAAGUUGUCGUACUUGGAUCAAGUGGCGCUGUCUUUCAUCUCCUAACGGCGACCGGCGUCGAGAGCAACGCUGAGAUUGUUGUCGGAAAGGAUCGGGAGCCAUGGCGUUGCUUCGGCGGGCCGAAGGCUGCGGCACGCUAGACGGCUGCGGCCCGGAGGCGUCGGUCGCGAGGCCCCGCCCGGCUCCCUGAGCCCGACGGUCGUCGUGCCAUGCGGCAGCAGUGCCAGCGUUGGCGGCGGCCAGGAUGGCCCACUGCCUGCAGGGUUCCGGCUGCCCGACGACUGUUAGCUCGGAAAGGAUGGUGGGCCAUACUGAUGGGCGUCGCCUUCUUGGGAUGUCCGUCCGCGGCAAAGCCUGACGGUGAUCUUUGCAGGUGGAUGAACGGGCGCAAGUACUACGUCGCUCUGGGUGAAAUAGGCAGCAUCAACGCCAUCAACGUUACAGCGGAUGGUGCCGGUGCCAACUCGAGUGGUGGUGACCGCGACCCGAACCAACCGAGGAUCCCGCAGCGGUGCAGCGUGGAACUCAUCACUUGCCCGAGCUGCCACAUCGUCGUGUCCAUACUGUACAUCAACAUACCCACUUGUUCGAGCGAUGGAUCUUGCCAGUGCGACUACGUGUGGGUUAAAGAACCAACAGUUGGGAAGUCUGGCCAAGAAUUCUGCGGCAUCAGGUCCAACCACACGAUCCAGAAGUACGAGUCCAAGACCAAGCUAGUCUCCAUAGACUUCCUGUACAGCUACUCGUACGCCGACGCCUUCAGCAUAGAAUUCACCGCGAUCGGUAACUUCUACGUACACGUUGGACAAGUGGACUACCAGCACAAGGGCGGCGCAUCAGGUUUCCUGGAGUCGCCACACUUUCCGGUCGGUUACCCGAGCGACUACAGCGUAGAGCACACGUUGCGCAACUUGGACAGCCGUGGAUUCGUCCAGCUCGUCUUCACGGACUUCCAGCUCUCACCAUGGUCCUACGUCGAGCUGCUCGACGGCAACGGUUCGCGCGUGGACGUGUACAACGGCAACACCUUUCGACCACCUAUCGCGACUUCUGACGGGCCGGUCAUGGUGCUACGCUUCCGCGCCAACGACGAGUACCCCGACUUGGGCUUUCGAGCGAAGUACACGUUCGUCAACUAUCCUGAAAAGUACUGGUUUAACAAGCCUUCAACAGACUGUGGUGGUGUUGUGGAAGACCUUGGUGGCGCAAUUACCAUGAUGAACAUGGCAAAUCCUGGAUAUACACGCAACUUUGACUGUAUUUGGCUUCUUCGUCCUGGGACCACCUUUGCCUAUGAAACACACAUUUCAGUGCGAGUGGCCCAAUUUGAAGAAAUGGGCCCAGAUUCGAGCCUGGAGAUUCGACAAGGUCUCACGUCUGUCUCUUUACUGCUUGAAUCUCUAACGGGCCAGCAAAGCCACAAGGCACCACAAGGCCAGGAGUACAUAAUUUCAGCUACCAUCGGUUUCUACAUACGGCUCCAAGGCAGCUUCAGCAACAAGUCACGUUUGGCAAUUGUUUACUCAGUAUUUAGUUAUGAAAGAUUACAGUGCCAAUCUUCUGGAGAUUUUGAAUGUGGAAAUGGAAGGUGCAUGAAAUCUAUCUUGCACUGUGAUGGGUUCAACCACUGCGGUGAUGGUUCUGACGAGUCUGCUUGUUAUGCAGUGCCUGGUUCAGGAGGCCACCUGACGCCCAGGGACAGCAACUGGUGGCGCAGUCUGACGCCGAACUACUACUUCCCUAAGCAAGAAAGCUCGGCAGCUGCUGGAACCAACACUCUCAUCUUAAUCACCAGCCUCGCAGGACUGGGCAUGUUUGUUCUCACCACCGUUAUGAUCCUGGUCAAGCUACACAAACAGCGUAGGCUUGAAGUGGUGGGCAGGGAUGCCCUACGAACCAUCAGCGCAGACGUUGACAGUGACACAGGGUCUAUCGGUCAUGGAAGGCACCCUUUUGGCCUCAAUGAGCCUCCACUUUACGACCCACCGCCAUCCUAUGAAGAUGUGAUCAAGUUCUACAUGCCACCACCCCCAGCUUACAAUGCAAUUGUCCAAGUUCGUUCUGCAGCUACCAUCAGCUCAAACCCUAACCCUAGCCACCACAGUGCAAGCGCGAGUGCCCCCUCUCAUCGCCUGGGAGGAGGUGUCGAGAAUGCAGCCUAUAUACCGGAUGAGCUGCAGAGCUCCUCUCGACAGGGAAGCAGCUCCUCAAGUGACCGGCGACGGUCAUCCUCUUCCUCCAAGGCAACUCACCUGCUCAGAGUUAUCCUGCCCCCCGUGACCGUGUUUGAACGUGGUCCCCAGCGUAGACACAAGUCAACAUCUGUCGAUCCUAAGCAACUGGGCUUGCGUUGCGAGCCUUCUAGUCGUGGCCAGUCAUCCCGGCAUCGGCACGGAUCAGUCCCAGCAGGACACAGCAGUGGCAGCAGCAGUGGAAGCAGCAGCCUGCUUGCAAGUGGUGGCCUCAUGCACACACUUCUUGAUCGACGUGCACCUACGACCAGUGCUGAGUCACAUGGCAGUCUCUCUAGUCCAGCAAGGGACCAGGCGUGUCCCAAGUCUCCAUCUCAGGCACAAUGCCAGUGUGCAGGGGCAUGCUCCUGUGCAACUCCUUCAAGGACAAAAGCACGCUACCUGCUGCACUCAACUGGCAAGUAUCGACACCUCAGUCGUGGCAAUGGCAAUACGCCAGCCACAAUCCUGGAGCCAGCUGUACGGUCGCCUGAGAAAUCAGCAGCAAAAAUAGACCCUGCACAUUACAGCAGUGGCAGAGCUGCAUCCGAAUCCACCACAAAGGCUUGGGUUAAUCCACCACUUGAAUCACUGAAGACAAACCAGCCACAAAGUCCAAGACGUCCCACUUUCAGCAAUUCAGCUUCUAAACAACCAAGCACUGAUUUACAAGCAACUGAAAUGACCGUCUCAAAGGACACACAGCCACUUCUAAGGAGAACUUCAUCACUGCCAGAGUUGGCAGCAGUGUUGCCAGCACGUUUAAGAGUGAUGCCUCUCGAGGCAAUGUCAGCAGUUGGGCAGAACUCUGCUACACAAUGUGAAGGAGUGGACUCGCCAAAGAUGAUGAUCAUAGAGUCAACCCCACAGUAA